GCCCUCAAAUUAUCCACAGUAACAGACAGUUUCCGCUUGGAUGAGUACUUCUGAUAUUUGGGUUAUUUCACACAAUAUUUGCAGCUGCCAUGUUGUGUGACGUUUACCGAGAAAACGAAACUUACUGAGGGUGAGGCUGAAUCGAGAUUGAGCCCCGACAUAUCGGAGAGGACGUGGAAGUAGAGCCAAGAUGAAAACGGAAAAGAUCUAGCCAGUAUUCUGAUAUUUGCACUUUGUUUUGAGCUGCUGUGUCGUUUAUUAUGGACGUAGCUAAACUGAACGAGUAUGCACAGAGAGAGCGCCUGGAGCUGAAAUACGAGGACGUGAGAAGUGUUGGCCCUGAUCACAUAAAAACAUUUACAGUGAGAGCAGUGGUGAAUGGAAAGGCGUAUCCUGAUGGUGAGGGGAAAACCAAGAAGGAGGCCAAACAGAAGGCAGCUAAAAAUGCACUGAGAGUUUUGUCUGGGGAAUCAAAUGACUCUGUAAGCGUGUGUAAAACUCCUGAACGUGCAGAGGAGAAGCGCAGUAAUGCACCAACCAAAAAAGAGGAGGAAUUGAAUCAAAGUGUGUCCGACAUCAUUGAGAAUACAAAGAGCUUGAGUGUGAUAACUACAGAUGAAGGUUUUGCAGAAACAAAUUUUAUAGGAAUGAUCAACAUCCACUGUCAGAAAAACAAUCUUCCCCAUGUCUUUAUCUUAGACAAAAAAUGUGGCCCACCUCAUAACCCUCAGUUUUUCUACAAAUUAGUGAUCAACAAUAAGGACUACCCUGUGGGUGAGGGUAAGAAUAUCAAGGAGGCCAAACAACAAGCAGCUCAGCUGGCCUGGUCUGCUCUUCGACCGCAGACAGACUUGGACAGCAAGGGAUCCUCUUGUCCAGCUGAUGACGGUGCACCAGCCAGGCUGUCCACUCCACCAAGCAUACUGGAGUCUCAUAAUGCAAAAUCAAAACCCGUGCCAGCGACUACAAGUGACUCAGUUGUUUUCAUGAAUCCGUCAAAUCCUCCAAAGGUUCGGAUUCAAAGUCCUGAUGCGAAGCCCAAAAUAAGAAUUGCAGCAAAUUUCCAAAAUGUCCACAAAAAGAGCAAAGAGGAAGUUGCUAAUUUCAAUGACAAGAAUACAGGAAAUAGUCACAGUAAGAAACCAACGAGCCCGACAACAAGCUCAAGGUUUACAUCAGAAUUUGACAACAUAGUGCGACUCGGCAAGGGAGCCUUUGGUCGUGUUUUCAAGGCAAAACAAAAACUGCUGAGGAAGGAUUACGCUGUAAAGAUUGUCCGCUGCAAAGAGAUGAAAAAAGCUCUGCGGGAGGCAAUGGCGUUAUCAGACCUCCAUCACCGUAACAUUGUUCGAUAUUACUCGUGUUGGUUGGAGGAUACAGAAUACCAGUGGGACAGUGCAGAAGACAGUGGCAGCACUUCACAGUCGACUGUUAAUUCAUUGGUUAAGUUCCUCUAUAUUCAGAUGGAGUUGUGCGACACCAAAACACUCAGAGUGUGGAUCGACGAGAAGAAUAUUCUGAAUGUGAAAAAAUCUCUGCGAGACUCUAAGAGAAGAGAUGAAAGUCUAGCUAUCACUCAGGAAAUAGUCAGUGCAGUGGAGUACAUUCACUCCAAGAUGCUCAUCCACAGAGACCUGAAGCCUGCCAACAUCAUGUUCGGGCAAGAAGGAGAAGUGAAAAUUGGAGAUUUUGGUUUGGUCACUGAGGAGAAUGAUGAUGAUGCCGAGAACCUGAUGGAGAGAACUGUGUACAAAGGAACCCCAUCUUACAUGGCCCCUGAACAAAGAAGCAGGAGCACUUAUGACCGAAAAGUGGACAUAUUUGCUUUGGGGCUGAUUUAUUUUGAACUCCUUUGGAACAUUUGUACUGGCCUUGAAAGGAAACCGGUUUGGGACGAUGCCAGAAACCUGAAACUUCCUCAAGAAUUUGCAAAACAUUUUCCAUCAGAGAGUCGAAUUAUUAAGUUGAUGCUGUGUGAGAAGCCAGACGACCGACCAGAAGCAAGUAAACUAAAGACUGACUUGGAAGAAUACGCUCGUUCACUUACAACACUUAAAGAAAUGCGUCGUUACAGUAAGACUUACUGAUUAUUACAAGGAGAUACUCAAACAGGCAAAAGCAUCAGUCAUCACAAGCAUGCCAAAUUAUUAAGCAUCAUAUUUCACAAUUGUACUUGUUUUUAAUUGCUAAGAGGACCUUCUCUUUCAAUAACUCUUUCCAUAAACUGAUGAGACAAAAAUGUAAAAUAAUUAUGUGGUAUUGAGCAGAAGAUGCACAUCACUGGAGAUUGCAAAAAUGUUCAAUUUUUUACAAAUAAUCAUGUCCUGAGGUAAUUACUUUUGGAACUUGUACUGCAAUAAUGUAUUAAAUGCUGGAAAUGUUUUCAGAGUGAAAUCCGUUACUACAUUACACCAAUUGCUCUGUAAUGAAUGGGCUGAAAAUAAAAAACUGAUGGUGACUAAGGUGAAA